AUGGCAUUGAAUCCCUUCAUAGAGCAACUCGCAAGAUACGUCCUUCGACACGAUGCAGGAGGAAAGCCGUGUGUGAGGUUGCUGGGAGUCACCAGAAGCACCAAGCCUCCCGCUGGCUGGUGUCACCUAUGGUUCAGCACACAACAACCGCCAGUCGUCACCAGGAUCACCAUCAUUGAUCACCUGGACUACCAAGGGUUGAGCAGUGACCGCCAGAUGCCUUUCAUGUUUACCUGUCCGCUGCCUUCCCAGGUGGCUCACCUUCAGCCAGCUGCCGUCUCCCUCGUCCACCAGCCCUGCCAACCUGCCACCACCCUCCUCCAGGUAACCUGUCACCACCCUCCUCCAGGUAACCUGCACCAAACCCUCCUCCAGGUAACCUGCCACCACCCUUCUCCACGUAACCUGCCACCACCCUCCUCCACAGUCAGCUGUGAUGAGCAAAGUGUCAGCUGGGUGAGCGAAGUGUCAGAUGUGAUUAGUGAACUGUCAGCUGUGAUGAGCGAGGUAUCAGCUGUGAUGAGUAAACUGUGUGUAACCAGGUUUAUCUUCCACAGAGCAGUGAAGGGGUGGGUACCAGCUGUGUGUGGCCCAGCUCUCUACUACUACCACGAAGACUUCUCCAAGAGAAUGGUGGAGUGGUUGGAGAUCCUGAGGGCGGAGGGCAUUGGUAAAGUGUUCCUCUACGUUACUGACGUUCAUCCUAACUUGGAGAAGGUCCUCAAGUACUACGAGGAUGACGGCUUCCUUCACCUCACUGGCUACUCCUACCCACCACCAUAUAUCAACGAGCCAAGUCUUCGUAGGCUGUGGACUCUGGUAGAGCAGUACAAAAUGUUCGCCCAGGAGAACAUCUACUUCACUGACUGUCUCCUGCGACACAUGCACCAGUACCGCUUCAUCGCUCACUACGACCCUGAUGAGAUCCCCAUCUUGCCCAACCAUCACAACUACACACACUUUUUGGAACACAUGUUGACGAGGGAUGCUGAGAAGAAGCUGAAACCAGCGGGUUACAAACUACAAUGGAACUAUUUUUAUAAUGACUUAAACUCGAGUAGCCAAGGAGUUAAGGAAGUGCCAGAAUACUUGUGGGCUCUGAGGCACACCCUCACCCCCACUCAACCUCUCAAACCCACUCCUGGCACCUUCAAGUCUCUCUUUGAUAUGGACGUCGUCAGGGCCAUAUACUCACACAGUACACUCUUGUGCAAGCACGGAGGUAAGAUUAAUACUGCCAACCUGUCUGCGAAGUUGACAAGACACUUGUACAACAGUUAG